AUACCAAAUCUAGAAAGAUAUGAUGAAGCAGCUUCUCUCCCCAACUCUUCUUCUUUUGAUCUUCUUCCUCCUCUGUGCCACAACUUCUGGUCAGUCUUCUGCACCGGCUACAGCACCUUCAGGUCCCACCACAGUUUCUGUUCUCCAAAAGGCUAGUAAGUUUACUACGUUCAUUGGGCUACUAAAGAGCAGCCAAGUGGAUGUCCUAAUCAAUACCCAACUCAAGAAAUCAAACCAGGGCUUCACCGUAUUUGCACCAACUGAUAGCGCCUUUUCAGACCUCAAAACAGGGACUCUGAACUCAUUCACUGAUCAGCAGAAGGCCGAACUGACUAAAUUCCACGUAAUACCUUCUUUCCUAACUAUCUCACAAUUCCAAACUGUGAGCAACCCAAUUCACACACAGGCAGGUGAAAACACUGUGGAGUUCCCACUGAAUGUCAUAGGCAACGGAACUCAUGUGAACAUGACAACAGGGCUUGUGAAUACAACAGUGGACAGCACAGUAUACAGUGAUGGUCAGCUUGCUGUGUAUGAGAUUCCCCAGGUUCUCCUUUCACAAGGUAUCCUCAGCCCUCAAGCGCCUGCACCAGCUCCUCUAGCACCGAAGCCUAAGAAGGCUGCUCCUCUUAAUGCACUUGCUCCCACAAGGUCGACCACGGUUUCUGUUGAUUCUUCUGAUGCGACAUGUCUGCCACACUAUGCACCAACUGUGGUAUCCAUUGGGGUGGCUGUUCUUGCGGCAAUGUCCUUAUCCCUAUGAACUGAGUGUCAGAUUGAUGGAUGAUGAUGUGUUGAC